AUGGUGGUUUUCACGUGCAACGCGUGUGGGGAGUCGGUGAAGAAAGCGCAGGUGGAAAAACAUGUGAACAUCUGCAGAAACUGCCAGUGCCUUUCCUGCAUGGACUGCGGCAAGGAUUUCUGGGGUGAUGAUUACAAGGACCAUGUGAAGUGCAUAAGUGAAGACCAGAAAUACGGCGGUAAAGAUUUUGAAGCCAAAACUAACAAAGGAGAUGCUAAACAGCAGGAGUGGAUUCAGAAAAUUCAUGAAGUAAUGAGGAAGCCAAACAUUAGCCCUAAAGUGCGGAAUAUUUUAGAGCAAAUGCGUGUCUUUGACAAUAUUCCAAGAAAAAAAGUAAAAUUUCAGAAUUGGAUGAAGAACAGCUUGAGAAUCACUGACAGCACCUUGCAAGACCAAGUGUGGGAUAUUUUUUCUGAAGCAACCAGAAAUAAUUCAAGUGAUAAAAAACAAGACAAGCCACAACCAAAUGAAGAAAGCCAGUCUGCAGAAAGUGGGAAAAAAACAAAUGGAGAAGAAAAUGGAAUUACAGAUGACAAAAUUGAGAGGAAAAAAAAUAAAAGAGAAAGGAAAGAAGAGAGACAAAAGAACAAAAAGAAGGAGAAAAAAGAACUGAAAUUAGAAAACCAACUAGCAAGCUCAGAAGCAAAAAAGAAUAAGAAUAAAAAGUCAAAAAAAGGAAAGGAAAGUAUGGGGAAUGAAUUUGAAAUAAAUGGAAAUGGUCAUCAAAGUGAAAUGGAAGAAGAAACAAAUGUAAAGAAACGCAAACGUAAACACGCAGAAGAGGAACCUCAUCUCACAACAAAGAAAAUGAAAAAUGAAAAUGCUUCAGGAGACGUGGGAACAGAAGAAGACACCAAUGCUAGUGAAGAAGGUGCAGGAACAGAUAAAGGCAAAUUUAACUGGAAGGGAACCAUCAAAGCUGUUCUGAAACAGGCUCCAGACAACGAAAUUUCGAUCAAAAAGUUAAGAAAAAAGGUUAUAGCUCAGUAUUACGCAGUAGCUGGCGAACCUCACAAAUCAGAAGAGGAUAUUCUAGUCAUAUUUAAUAAGAAAGUCAGUAACAAUCCCAAAUUUAAAGUUUUAAAGGACAAAGUUAAGCUUCUGAAAUAAGGGUUUUCUACCUUUUGUAGCUUUCAUAUUUUAGACUUGCAGACUGAGUCAAAUUCUUCUGUCAGGUAUGCAAACACUAUGUUCACUGGUCUCAAUUUAAAUUGUUUGUGUAUGUGAGAGCAGAAUUUAACUUUCCUGGAUUCCUCCUCUUUUUAAAAAAAAGUAUCACAGAAUAUUUGGGAAGUG